AUGAUCGUCUGCCUUGGCCUAGCGGUGCUGCUUUCGACCGUCGGCCAGGCAGUAUGGUGGGAAAGCAAGCCCGAGGUCUUGAGCCAUCUCGAACCCUUAGACCAAGUGCUCUCGAGAUGGGACUUGUCUUCUGAGUUCGUGUGGGAUCAGCUGAACCGUUGCAUCAGUUUCCUGUCAUGGAGCUCGUUUGCACAUGGAAUGCUGGUCCUGACACUCUUGCUGGUGACGAUACCCUUCUCAUCUGCUCUGGGAUGGGUGCUGCGCAUUAUUGGGCUGACGCUGCUGGACGGAGCCUAUGCGGUGAGUGGCCUGCAGCUGGCGAAAGUAAAAUUCGCCCACGCAAUCGAGGGACGGGCGAAGGACACUUGGGAAGGCUGGCUCGUGGUCCACGGUGGUCUGGACUACAUGCGGAGUUUCGUCUCUGGAGAAGCUGGUCCCGCUUUCGUGGCCUUGGUGCAUUGGUUCUUGGAUGACAAGGCAGCGGUGUGCAACGGCCUGUGCAUCGGCCGCCACCUCGUGCAUGAACUUGCGCGAGGGGCAGCGGUGAAGCUUUGUGGCAUCCAACUUUUCUAG